UACAAUGCUCUCGGUACUCGCGCAAAGAGUUGCGUUCAGACUGCCAACGCUCGCGGCGCCGACGUUGCUGAGGUCGCGUGCACCGCUCGUCGCGUCGCAGACUGCCUUGACACGUACGUUCCUCACGACCCCUCAGCUUGCCUUCCCGGCGGCGAAGGCGAAGGCGACGACGACUGCGAGCGCGCCCAAGACAAAGAAGGCACUCGACAAGCCCAACACUACCGCGACCAAGUCCACGAAGACGGUCAAAAAGCCGACGAAGGCUGCUAAGCCCAAAGCGGAGCCUAAAGCAAAGAAGGAGAAGGCGCCGCCGAAGCCAAAGCGCCUCACCAUUCGCCCCGAGGACAGGCCGCCCAAGAUGCCGGCGGGUCCUUGGCUCCUCUUCUGGAAGAGAUAUAUGGCAGGCCGCGGGAUCAAGUCGCUCGAUGAAACCCAUGAAGUAAUCAAAGAAGCAUCCAGCACAUGGCGCGCCAUGUCCGAGGCCGAGAAGCAGCCCUUCCGCGACGAGUCUGCCGCUGCCCGAGUGGAGUAUGCCAAGCGUCGCAACGAGUACUUCACCACCGUCGACCGCAAGAUUCUCAACGAGCUCAAUCGCCGCAGGACCGCCCGUGAUCCCAACGCUAGCAGACUGAGGCGCAAGAGCAAAAACUCAGGGCAGCCAGCCCCUCCUUUCGUCGCUUGGUUCAAUGAGACCUUCCGGCAACGCUAUGCUACAGAGAAUCCUGAUCUGCCUGCGCGAGACGUUGCCAAGCACGCAGGCGAGGUAUGGCGAGGCAUGUCUGAUGGCGAUAAGCAGCCCCACGUCGACCGGGCCAGGCAAGCGAUCAAGGAAUGGAAGGCUAAGCAACAGGCAUAACGGUCUCGUGACUGCUUUGACCCUGUGUGCGCCCAGUGUCGUGUUUGCGUCUACGCUAUAUGCCUAGUUCCGUAGUUUGACCAUUGUCGAUUCGUCCAGCUCUGUACGGCUUCAGUUCGUUAAUGUCUUUCUUGCACGGUCAAUAUAUCCCUGGCAUAACCUUCAACCG